UCUGCGCUCCAACAACAAGAAGCAGGAGCCAGGCAACAUGGCCGACCUGGGGAAGAAGUACUGCGUAAACUGCCUCGCAGAUGUUACGAACCUGCGGCUCCGCUGCACCGACUGUCCGGACAUCGAGCUGUGUCCGGAGUGCUUCUCGGCUGGAGCAGAACUCGGGAAUCACCGCCGAUGGCACGGCUACCAGCAGGUCGACGGCGGUCGGUUCUCUCUCUGGGGUCCCGAGGCAGAGGGAGGAUGGACCAGCAGGGAAGAGCAGUCGCUGCUCGAUGCUAUCGAGCAAUACGGAUUUGGAAACUGGGAGGACAUGGCCGCUCAUGUCGGAGCGUCCAGAACUCCUCAGGAAGUCAUGGAACAUUACGUCACCAUGUACAUCCAUGGAAACCUGGGUAAGGCGUGCAUCCCUGACAACAUUCCCAACAGGGUGACGGAUCACACCUGCCCGAGCGGGGGUCCCCUGUCGCCAAGCCUCACCACCCCGCUCCCUCCGCUCGACAUCAGCCUGGCCGAGCAGCAGCAGCUGGGCUACAUGCCGCUCCGUGACGACUAUGAGAUCGAAUACGACCAGGACGCAGAGAAGCUCAUCAGCGGGCUGUCGGUGAACUACGACGACGAGGACGUGGAGAUUGAAAUGAAACGGGCCCACGUGGACAUGUACGUGCGCAAGCUUCGAGAACGCCAGCGACGCAAAAACAUAGCCAGAGACUACAACCUGGUGCCCGGGUUCCUGGGGCGGGACAAGAAAGACAAGGAGAAGGAGAAACCGGGAACGCUGGGGGUAACAGGCACCGCUGGUGGUGUGGGUGCAGCGGGAGCUGGUGGCGGCACAGCUGGACCCGGAUCCACGGCUGCAGCAGGAUCAGGUCCUGUACCGAGUACUCCGAAAAGGAAGGUCACCAAAGAAGAGAAGGACCAGCGGGUGAGGCUGAGGGGGCUCUGUCAGUUCAUGGCCCAUCGGGAGUUUGAAGACUUCUUUGAGAACAUGCAUAAAGAGCGGCUGCUGAGGGCAAAAGUGCGCGAGCUGCAGCGCUACCGCCGCAACGGCAUCGCCCGCCUGGAGGAGUCCUCUGAAUACGAAGCAGCGCGCCACAAACGGGAGAAACGUAAAGAGAACAAAAGUGUGGUCACCUCCAAACGUGGCAGCGGAGGAGGAGGCGGUGGGCUGGGAUCAGGGAUUGGUUUGGGAGGGACUGGAGGAGGUGGAGGUCUUGCUGGAGGUAUGGGGGUCGGAGGUGGGAUCAAAGAAGAGGGCAAAGACGGCGAGUUUUCUGCGAUUGAGAACCUGACGGGCUUCGAGCUGCUGUCGGACAGAGAGAAGGUGCUGUGCAACUCCCUGAACCUGAGCCCGGCACGCUACCUGACUGUCAAAACCAUCAUCAUCAAGGAUCACCUGCAGAAGAGGCAGGGCAUCCCAGCCAAGAGCCGGCUGCCCAGCUACCUGGACAAGGUGCUCAAGAAGCGCAUCCUCACCUUCCUCACAGAGAGCGGCUGGAUAUCCAGAGACGCCUCUUAGCCCGAAGGAAGUAAUGGACUGAUGUUUUUCUCUACGCUCCGUAGGGAAAACAAAACUACUGUCGCUCACCAUUUUUCAAAGGUGACCUUGUGAAUAUGUAAAUUACAAAAAAAAGAGGAUGUCCCACUGGAAAAGAUUUUAUUUUCAUACCAGGGCUGGGAACAAAAUGAAGCUUAUAUUUCUACAUUUGGAAUGGGGGAUGGGGGGGGGGAUUCAACGCUGGGGGUCUUCAUAUUGUUAAGACAUGAUUGGUAGCUACAAUGCUUACAGGUGUGUUGUAGCUGUGGAGAUAUUUGAGUGUUAUUGCGUCACGUUUACAGACGAUGCCUAUGGGUGAAAAAACAGCACAGGACUAAAGCCAGAGCGUUAAACUUUCUGAGAAUGUUAAACAUAUUUUUAUUGAAUAUUUCACAGAGAGGCACUACUGACUGAGUGACUGAAAUUAUGUGGAGGCUUCAGAUUGUUCUCAGGAUCUUGAAAACUCGACCAAACCGGAUAAAGCUGAACGCCCCCCGUACGAUUGAUCUGUUCUGUCUAAUAUUUUACACCCAUAAGAUCCUGAAGGUUGUCUUGCAACGUCAGUGAAAUCCAUGUUUCAGCACUAAUUUCUUUACUUUUUUUUUUACAGCCUGUUAGAGUCUGUGUGGUUUGUUAUUUCUGUACAAAACCAGCACUCAGCGUCGUAAUCACAGGAAGUCUGUGACUCCAUCAGCUGCGCUCUGUUGAAAAUAGUUCAACAUUUGGAACACCAGCGCGCAUGUCAUUGUCACUUAUCCCUCAUCCACCAAUCAAAACCAAGAAGGGGCGGGACUACUGAUAUUGACUUUGUCUAAAACAAUGGUGAGGAGAAAGUGAUCUGCCCGGGGGGUUUCGUUUUCAGGUCUAACGCUUCUGCCAAUGUCAGGAAAGUAAUCACAUUUUCUCAUGUUUUUUUUAGAUAUUUUUCUUGAAUAAACGCAAAUAACACAAUCAGAGACCUGAUCGUCACUACUGAGGAAAGCGGUAGCCCCCCUAGACAACUUAUUGUAACCUAGCAACAGUAAGCACCUAUGAGAACCACUCUGAUAUUGAGUUUGCGAGAGCUGCCAGCGCACAAGAAACCUUAAGCCGACACAGGACCAACCAGUCUGACAGAUAUACAGUAUGUUGAUAUGACAGACUGUGUAUAAGAAAUGGACAAAGAAACCAAAAUGACAACCAUUCGCUUGUGGAUGGUUGUUUUAAAACCUUGAGUUUGUCCUCAACUUGUUAGUUUUGGUUGCAGCAGUGACCAUUUUUUAACGAGAGGGUUGAUAACACACAUCUUGACUAUUUCCUGGUUGUCAGGCUGCUGUUGUUGCGACUUGUCCACCACAAGAAGCCCCGCUACAAUUCAUUAAUCGUGGACCAAAAUGAUGUUAUAUAUAAAGAGACCUGAAACCAGAGGAAUUCAUUUAGACCUUGUAGAAAAUGUUUACUGAGGUAGAAGUAGAUCUCGUAGACUUUAUACCAAAAGUCUUUUGACCUCUAACCCUUAAGGAAGAAGGCAGUUCAGAUCCAAGAGGCUACAUCCCUCCUUAUAGUCUUUGUUUCACCAAGUAUUCAACUCUGCAGUGAUAAGUGCGUACUCGUCCAUCAGUAAGUAACUAGGAGUCUCAGAACAGACAGGCCAAAAGAUUUAUCGAGAGAGAAUUAAGAAACUGUGUCGCCAUUAUGGAGUCAUGUAGUUGCAAAAAAAUCACAAGCAAGUUAAUUUUUUAACAUUUCCUGCUCUGUAAAUGAUCUCGACCACAGUUCUUUCAAAGGCAUGUUAAAGUUUACGUAUUGAACUCUUGGGCCCUGAAACACAGGCAUCAGUAUUCUCUUAUGAUGUUAAAAUGGUGAAAAAAGAAAAGUUACAGGUUAACGGGUAGGACCAGUUUAAAUGUUUAUGGUUUUAUUUUUAAGAGUUACGUCGUCAAAAUCAGCUUUUAAUGCUUAGUCGGUGCUGGGGUCACAGCUUCAUUACAUUUCUAGCAAAAACAAACCAUCAAACGAUAUCGAUACCAUGGCAACAACAAUCACUGUCCGCUGCAGACCAUAUUGGGUAAUUUCCUGUUUCAUUGCCAGGAAACUCGUAGAAAUUGCACAAAUGCGUUGGCAACAUUUGGGUAUAGAACUUCUGCAGUUGGUUAGUUUAUUUGUGUCUUUGUGUGUUAAUUCAGUGCCGACUCAAUAUUUGUAUAUCAGUCAAUAACGUACAUAGUGACUGAUGGAGACAGUGGUGGUCUUUUGCAGAGAUUUGGAGGAGUCUGGUGGGUUUCAGGAGGGGGAUUGAGCAGCUGUUUCUGCUUUUAAAACGUCUCAAUCUUUAACUUGAACGUUCAGUCUUUGUCAGUGUCCUCUCUGUAAUAUUGGGAGAUGCUCAGAAUAACAAUCUGAGCCUGUCAGUGGCAGAAACACAGACUUUAAGUGGACUACUUUUCAGCCUACUGGCGCAGUCCCAAAAACCUUUUGAACCUAUCAGUCAUCAUGACCUAAACUAUGUUUAAAAAAAAAGAGGGGGGGCUGAUGUUUGAACUGAUUGGCAUUAGAUCCCCACGUCACAUGCACAGAGCUUCCCAGUCCCUCAAACAGACGUCACCUGCUCCUCCAUGACGGGUAUUUUUUUAAUUUUUCUUAACGGUAACCUCACUUUUGUCUCAAAGGCUGAACUCUUACUGCAGCAGCGGUGACUCAUUUUCAUUUUCCUGCUCCUUUUUUUUUUUUUUUUUUUCUCCCGAGCCAAGCUGAGCUGUGGGUGCAGAGCUAUUUAAAUGUAAAUGAAGUUAUUGAGUCGGCUGUUAUUUCACAGCAGGAGCUCGUAAAAUCAGGAGAAUGUGUGGAGUUUACCUAAACUGGAUUAUGUCCUAGAUUCAUAUUCUUUGCCUCAUUACUGUGUCGGAGACUGCUGGGUAAUUUGACCUUUUUUUGUUUUUUUAGAUUUCUAUAGCUGUAAAUCAAAACACCUUGAAGAGGCUGAACCCAGCAGUGAUCUUCACAUGUACAGCAUGUUUCAAAACCCUCAAGUUUCUUCUCUCUCUGCGUCACAGAGCCUCAUUGUUGUCCAGAUACUAUUGACUCUGCAUUUCUGCUAACGUGACACUAGAGCCCGACCGAUUAUUCAGCAGUCGAUAAUAUCGGCCGAUAUUAGCUUGUCCAGUGACUAUCAAUGUAGUCUACUUUUAUCUCAGAUAUGCACCAAUAUACCUUGUAUUAUUCUCCAGUCAAAUAGCAUUUCAUUUGAGUGUCAUUGUGUUACACUAGCAGUUCUUUUUCACCAGCAGAGGGCGCUAUAUUGAAUCCAACAAUCAUCAUCACCCUCCAGAGUGUCAAGCAGUGAUGCACAUACAUGGGUAAUUACUGUCAAGUUGAGUAACCAUCUUGUCUUCGUUAAAUAUCAUUUCAACAAGUGUUUGAUAACUGCAUUUGAGGGCUCAACGUAAUGAAUGUGUACAUCUAUAUAGAUCAAACAUAGAGAUGUCAGUUGAUAUGUCCGUAUCUGAUUUUUUUCUAGCGGUAUCAGUCCCAAAAAUCGUAUAUCGGUCGGGCCCUAGUGAACACUCACAAGCGUGCAAAUGUUAAUUUGUGGCUGCAAAUUGUUCCCAAAUGCACUUUUACUUCCAUUGGAGCCACACAUUGAUUGAAAAAGCUCUCUGGAAAUGUAUAGUAAGUGUUUUAACACAGAUUUGUGUCAUCCAUAACCGGGUUUGGGCUCAGCGCAACAAACAGAGAAGAAAUUCUGUACAUAUUGAGAGGUGGACUUAUUUGUCAUGGUUUUCUAGGGGCUGCGCGGUGCUGCAGUGGUUAGCGCUGUUGCAUCACAGCGACGAGGUUCCUGGUUUGAAUCCCCGUCUGAUAGGAACCUCACAACACAAACGCACAAUGGCACAGAUACUGACAGGAUUUCUGUGAUUGGCAGCUGAAUUCUAACAUAGUGAAUCAAACUUCUGCAGAUUUUUGAAGUUUGAGAUCACAGACCACCUUGACUAUCAUUUCAAAAAGAGUCAAAAUCCCAAGUUAUGGUUCUCUUUUCCACUCAGGGCUUUGGAGGAAAACGUUUAAUGGCAUCUUUUCAACAUUCACAGUCGGUCACCUCCACUACAAAGACUUGUUCCUUGCACUAUUUCCACUACAUGUUCACUGAUAGCUCAGGUUCCGAUGAGCCGCUUUAUCGAAGGUGAUGCUGCACCGGGCCGUUUAUCUGACACCCGAGGGAAGGUGUAAGCAUGAGUAAAGUAUUUUAAAACAAAAAGAUAUCAUCUUAAAGAGCCGAGCAGGUGUCUUAAGAUAUUUCCAACCAAACUAGGACCCACAGCGUCAGUGGAAUCAGCCGGUUGAAUGUAACUGUUAGAUUUGGUUUUCUGCGAGAGGCUUUGUUCUGCAUGUGCAACCAAAUGUUCCACUUUGUUCCCAGAUGGAGUGUUUUGGUGUAAAUGUCUGAAAGGAAAAUAUGGCAUUCAUAGUUUUUUUGUUCCCAGGUGUGGGACUAUUUUUAUGUAAAGUGGGAGGGAGGAGGGGGGGGGAGGGUUGUUUACUUCAUGCCACAAAUUGUAAAUAGUUUUGUAAGAUACAUUGGAAGAAAAAAAAACUAUAACGGACUCGUGAAAUGUAAAGUAUUUUGUGUCACUGAAAUUUUUAUAGCUUUUGUAAUAAAUAAAAAAAGAUAUUGGAGGACAAAGAGGCGUUGAGCCGGCGCUCUGGGUGUAGUGAUGGCAUGCUGAGUCUGAUAUUGUUGAGCUGUUUUGUUGUGUUGUUACUUUGUUGUUGCAAAUAACAAAGUUUGGAGAUGUAUUAAAAGUGCGGAUACUUUAAAACUGCAAA